GUUCCAAACUAGUUCCAGCCGCCUGACUACAGGAUCAUGACAGUGUUUGCUGUCACGCAGGUGUCGUCACUUCAGGUUCGGGCUUAACAAGAGACAGAAGACAGCGGGGUUUGACAGUGAUUUGCCGAAACAACACAAGUUAAGCCGCCUGAGCUGACUACAAGACCGUCACAGUGUGCGGUGAUACGCAGGUUUUGUCACUUGGAGUUGGGGCUCAACAAAAGUAAGACCCGGGAGGGGACUGACAGUCCCUUACCAGAUCAACACAAGUUAAGCCGCCUGAGCUGACUAUAAGACCGUCACAGUGUGCGGUGAUACGCAGGUUUUGUCACUUGGAGUUGGGGCUCAGCAAAAGGAAGACCCGGGAGGGGACUGACAGUCCCUUACCAAAUCAACACAAGCGGACACCAUGUGGACACUAGCGGUGUCUGUCGUGAUCGCAUGCUGUGUGCUCUCCAACUGUGUAUCAUCCCAAACACUUUGCCAAAGCCUAACUGCUGACAGUGGGUCCUUCGGCAGCCAAAACUACCCAAACAACUACCCAAACAACCACGACUGUCGAUACGAGAUCUCUGUAUCACCCCCCAAAGUUAUAAAGCUUACCUUCACCGAUUUUCAAGUUGAGGAAGACUUUGACUACGUGUACGUGUAUGACGGAAACACAACUGAUUCGACUUACCUGAUAGCUGAGCUGACCGGUGCAAGAAUUCCCGGUCCUGUAACUUCUACCGGGAGCUUCAUGACUGUUCGACUUGUCACCGAUAGCGAAGUAAACCGGAAGGGAUUUCAGGCCAGCUAUGCAGCGGAAAAUAAAAUUCUUGCUAAUUGUGAUGUCGGCCAGUACCGGUGUGCUGACGGUGUGACCUGUAUAGACGCCUGGAAACGGUGUGACGGAAACAACGACUGUAGAGACGGGAGUGAUGAGGAUGCAACAAACUGUACUUGUCAACUUAUUCCAUCGUCGUUGACGAAGUGCAGGGGCCUUCACUACCAAAGGAUGACCCUUCCCAACCCACUCAACUUCGACCACACCACGGUCACCCAAGUUGAGAACUCAGCAGGGUUCAGUGACCUAAUGACCCUUACAGAAUCAGACUGUCACCCCCGUGUUAGAGACCUCGUCUGUGCUACUAUUGUACCGCGCUGCGAGUCCAGCCCAAAUCUCCGCCAACAGCUUCCAUGUCGCUCUUGGUGUGAAGAAGUGAAGUACUCUUGUGAGAACGAGAGCGCCUGGACAGCUUUUCCAAGCUGUGAGAUUUUCCCCCACACCAACUGUAACAACAUCAUGGCUUCACAAACUCCGGAGGGUGAGGAGUGUUUCGAUGGAAAUGGUGCAAACUACAGAGGAGACGAGGCGAGAGGGCCUGUAGCGGGGGUUGACUGUGAACGAUGGGACAGUGAUCCAAUCUACAUAGAGCAGUAUCCAUGGGCAAACCUCGUGGAUAACAAAUGUCGCAACCCUGACGGUGGGACCAGGCCAUGGUGCAUCACUCCAGGUGGAUUCGAGUACUGUGACAUCAUUCCUUGCAACGCUAAGGGUUGUGAGGAUCCGGGGAAACCAAAGUUUGGAAAGAGGACUCCUGUUCUAAAGUUCUACUUCCCUGGAGAUCGAAUCACGUACAGCUGUGAUGCUGGAUACAAGUUCAAGGAAUACACCCCGGCAAGGCCGAACAAUAUUCAGUGCGUUGUGAUGAAUGAAACAACAGGAGAUGCCGACUGGGAAACACCAAAACCAGAUUGUGAAGUCGACCAGAAAUUCAAGCUACAAAAAGACAAAUUAAACGAGAACGUGUACAACAAGGCGGCGUCUCCAACAAGAAGUCUGGAAAUAAAGGCAUACGUUGUCAACGUCAUCAACUUGAAUGAACAGGACGAACAGAUUGUUACAGCCUUCAAAGCGGAAUACGCAUGGAUAGACAAUCGGCUACAAUGGGAACCCAAAGAAUAUGGACAUCUAAAUCGUAUCUUUGUUCUUGACGAUCAAAUCUGGAAACCGACAUUGACACUGAAAAGAAAUGCAGACACAGACUACAAAGGUGAAUUCCCUAAGACAGAGGUGAAAAUGGAUCACACCGGUGAAGUGACCUGGCCUGUAGAACUACUGACUACAACAACCUGUACCCUGGACCCUUUCCUCUUCCCUCAGGACAACCUGACUUGUGCAGUGUGCUGGAGUGCUGGAGAGGAAUACACAAUAGACUGUUCCAGUUCAACAACGCAUAAGGACCGCAACUUCCUGACCUGCCAAAACAACGAGGCCGACAUUGAAACAGGAGAGUGGAGUGGCAAAACGACUCUUUCAGCUGCCAACAACACAGCCUGCCUGACCAUGAGGCUCAAACGAGAUCCCACCUAUCACUACUCCACAACCAUCUCUCCCUGUCUCAUCCUGAUCAUCCUCAUGAUCAUCACCUUCAUCAUGCCCAUUGAUAAAGGCGACAGGAUUGGAUUCGGCGUCACCUUACUGCUGUCCAUGGUGGUGUCGCUGGUGGUGGUCACAAGUUUCCUGCCAGUUUCCAAUAGCCUGCCAUUUAUUGCUUUGCUGAUUAUUGUGUGCAUGGCUCUGAUGGCACUCUUCAUGCUGACGACGCUGUUCAUCAUCAUCAUCCACGACAAGAAGGGACCCGUUCCAAAAUGGGUACGAACGGUAUUCCUGAAGCACGUGGCAAGGGCCCUACUGAUGGGAGACUUGACCAAGAAUCUGAAAGAUGAAAAGACAACAAAAUACACCAUACGCAAGAACGCAACAGACAUCGAAGGACACAACAACGACGCGAUGAAGAUGGACGACGAUGGCUCACCAAGCGGAGGAGACGACCCACCCAUCGUCGUCAUCAGGCCGGGGAUGCAAAAUGAGGUCGCAGCUACCCUGGGUGGGUUACAAGGAAGCGUAGAUGACUUAAAAGUCAGUGUUAGGCAGCUGUCUGGGAGCAUUGAUGCUCUGGCAAAGGCAAGUGGUGGUGGUGAUGACGAUGAAGAAGUUGGGGAGUAUGCUUUGUUUGCCAGUGUGUUAGACAGGCUGAGUUUGGUCCUUUAUGUCAUCGCUAUUGUUGUGGCCAUUCCAUGCACUCUGCUUAUUGGUCGACCACGUAUUAGCCCUGACUAAGAGAGAGAAAGAGAGAGAGAGAGACACAUACACAAAGAGAGAGAGAGAGAAAGAGAAGAGAUAGGCACGCAGACACAUGCAGAGAGAGAGAGAGAGAAAGAGAGAGAGAAAGAGAGAGAGUGUGUUUUGUUGCUUAAUUUUGAAUGCAACCUGUUUCUUUUCAUAUUGUCUGGUACUUAGGUCAAUACAUGGGUCCACAAUAUACCAUUCUCCCUUACAGAGCUAUCUGCACCAAGUUAGAUAGAUCUGUGAUGAAGAAUGAGAAUAAUUAAAAAAUGUAUAUGCCGCGCGCCGCAUGAAUUCAAAAGAAGAAAAUGUUUUAUUAAGAUUCACAAUUGCAGUUUAUGUUGGCCUGUUACAAUGAUGACCAAAAAAAAUCUGCCUAAAAGAGGUCAGUAAUACUAUAUAAUGACCCCACCCUGCCGAUAUGAAUUUGAUAACUGAUAUGAUAAUUUGAUAUUGAUAUUUGAUAACUGAUAUAAAAUAAUUUCCCAUCAUGUUUGAUAUGUUACAUUUUAUUAGGGAGGGCAAAGCUUAAACUUAAUGCAAAACAUGUAAGUUGUGUUUUUUUGUAUUUCUUUGUUAAGAAAUUGAUACACUUUAAAUGUCAUCUUGGUGUUAGGAUUACAUAAUAGGAUAUUCUAGAUACUGUCAUCUGGGUUGAUAAGAAAAAUCUUUAAUUUAGCUAGUAGCCACUAUUGAUUUGAAGUGUGUAAUUAACUUUAAAGUUUUUUAUUACCUCCAUGAAAAAUGGAGGUAUUGUUUUUGGCGUGUCUGUAUGUCUGUGUGUGUCUCUGUCUCUGUCUGUGUGUGUUUCCACAACUCUGUAGUCAGCAUAACUUCAGAACACCUUUAUGGAUUGUGAUGAUAUUUGGUAUGAUGGUAAGUCAUGAAAAGACAAAGGUCAGUGUCAAGUAUGGGUCUCCUGGUAGAUGACCUUGGUACUGCGGCAGAACUUCCGGUUUUUGUAUCUUUUGUUCUGAACAAGCUAUGGUCUUGACUUUUGGGUGACAGAUA